AUGUCUCAAAACAGCAAAUUAGUAAUUCAUUUUGUCUGCGGGCAUACAGAGACUACUAUAAUUGAUGGCAAACGAUCAUCGCAACAGAAUCGAAACCUCUGGUCCAGAAUCAAGAAGUGGUCGUCAUCAACACCAACUGGAACCAAACAUCAGCAAUCUGCUUCGCUCUGUGAACGAUGUCGGAAUAUUGAGAGAAGACAAAUUGAAGAAGCUGCGGAACUUCAAUCUCAAAUGGCUGCGAAUGUUUCAAGGCAGCUGGCAGCACAAAAGCGACGACUGGCCGCACCACCAGCUCAAGGAGUCAAUCAGACGAUUGCCGCACUGGCCCUUCCUAAUGACAAGGCGAUCAUCGAAGCAUUACGAAGUGCACAGCUGAAUUUUUGUGGCCAAGAAGAGCUAAAACUCGUUCACACUGUAGAGUGGCAAGGAGAAAAAGCUCUCAAGGUUCAACAAGACCUCGAUCGCGUCAUUGGAUUCUGGGAGAAGUUCCAUAAUGAACACGCUGGUCGUGUCAAAGGAGUUACUUGCCGGAGUGGACCCAAGUUUUGCUCGCAAUGUAAGGAGAUGGAAACCUCUCUAGCCGAUCCUUCAUUCCGACGGCAAUCAGGACUACCUGAUGUCAAGCUGUCAGAUGGCACAUGGUAUGGAACAAAUGGUAUUGCGGGGGAUCCUUGGAGUACUGAGUGUCCAUUUGAGCCUAUCAAAGCUCCCAUUGAGAGCAUAAAUACACGAGAUGCUGUUCAGGAAGCGACCCCCGGCCCUGAAGCUGGGCCCGGAAAUUCUCCCGCCGAUACUCCCUCAGAAUGUACUCUUGAUAAUCUAUCAAGCAUCCUCAGUCUCACAUCCCGGACCGAAGUUCAAGAAUGGACCAAUCAAGUCAGUAUCGAAGCACCUCAAUCAGGCCCUCAACGUCAAGCGUAUGAUAUCCAAAGACGUUCUCAUAUAAGAAGUUUGGGCCUUGCAUACUUGGAGGUUCAGGAGACGAGACGGAAAUCUCAACCUGAGAGAGAGCCUGGAGCUGAAGUGGGAAACCAUAAAAGACCCCGCUCCGCCUCUCUCGAUAACUUGGACUCAAAAACACUGAAUUUCAAAUUUCUUGGACCAAAUUUGGAUCAGACGCUACGCCGGCUUGCUUUUUCCGCAAUGGCAAGAAGUCUUCCACCACUACCACCACAGGAAGAAGAAGAGCUCCAGACACUAGAAUCUGAUGAUCACCACGCAUGUCCAGCCGCAAUCUCAAGCAACUAUUCCCCUGGAACUUGGAUUGACAUAACUUUUGGGCAGUCCUAUGUAGAGAAGGUCGAGUCUGCACAAACAAGCAGCCUGGGGCAUGUGGGACCGCUUGAAACUGGCACCAGUACUGUUCUACGAGAUACUCAAGUUAACUCAGAUGCCAUUUCUCUUCAUAAGUCAUCAGUGCAAACACCAACUCAAUUGCCUCUGGGAGAACCCACUUUUGAACUUGAAGACACCACAGACUUGGAGCAAACACCAAGCCGGCCUCCAAGUCCCCGUUACCUCUCAUCUCCCGACCCACCACCGAUCAAUCCUUUCUCCCCACUCGGAAUUCAAGCUAUUAAACAGAUCCGAAAUUACUUCCACAUUCCAUCCCAUAUUGAGCCAUCCGGCUACCAAGAAUAUUUCUAUGCUCGACCUCGGAUUUUGAAAUCAAUGGAAAGGUUAGGAAGAGCAUUUGCUUCUCGUAAAUCCGCUCCCUCUGGACUGCUUGAUGAACUCCCUUGGUUUCUGACGUCUGACCGGGAGAAGAUCAUCUUCCUCAUAAACAGUGGAGAUGAAGAUAUGCAGAAGAAGAAGGAGAUCUCGGAACUUUCCAGUAGGGUCCAAUGGCACGAGCUUGGUGACGACUCCAGCGGCUGGGAAGACGGAAAUGAAGACGAUGGUGAUGAACUAGAAGCAAGACGCAAGGCUAUUUCUGAUGCAAUCGCUGGAGAAAUGUCCAACGAGCACCUCCAUGCUCCUGUCUAUCUUGGGUUUAAAGCUUCUAAUCCAGAUCCACCACGCCCAGACACACCGACUGGAGAGAGUCAAAGGCAGAACUCGUACAAUCUAGAAGCUUCACUGAAUUCUUACGAACCUCUUGAUCACUCUUACUCAGACGACGAGGAGCAGGAAGAGAUGCAAUCAAACCUGGUAGCCAUAUCUGCUCCAAUAUCCGAGGAUCCCGAAUCGCUUCAUAAUGUCAAGGCUAGAAGCUUGCUAAGGAAUGAGCUCGUUCUCAAUGAUGGAGGCGAGAACCAGGAGGAUGGGCACUUGCUACCAGGAGGAGUGGAGGGGCUAAUGAAUGACCCCGUUUUCACUGAUUGA